UCCCAGGUGCAGCUGGUGGAGUCCGGAGGGGAUGUGAAAAAGCCCGGAGACUCUCUCCGCCUCUCCUGCAAAGCCUCCGGGUUCACCUUCAGCGACUAUGAAAUGGCUUGGGUCCGCCAGGCUCCCGGGAAGGGGCUGGAGUGGGUCGCUACAGUCAGUAAACCAAGUGGAUCCAGCCAGUGGUAUUCCCCGGCCGUUCAAGGCCGAUUCACCAUCUCCCGGGACAACUCCGUCAGCUCGGCUUAUCUACAAAUGACCGGCCUCAAAGCCGAGGACACUGGCCGCUAUUACUGUGCUAGAGACACAGUGGCACAAAGCUUAGUAGUGGUGAUGCAAAAAACCCAGACUGCACCAUCUCCCCCGAGCCGCGUGAGGGCAGCAGUGACCAUGCAGUUCUGGGCACAGGCUGAGAAAAGGCAUCAGGGAGGGGGAUAUGCAAAUGAAGGUGAGAGUUUCCUGUUUAAAUCUGCCCCUCUCUCUGCCCAGGCUGCACCCGGAGACACAAUCCGCAGCCCCUGGGUCUGUGCAGUGACCAGCCAGUCCCUGAGAACUUCCCCUCCAGCACCAGGGACAAUGAGGCUUUGGUUGUAUCUCGUUCUCACUGCAGCAUGUCUGGAAGGUGUCCGGUCCCAGGCGCUGGUGGAGUCCGGAGGGGAUGUGAAAAAGCCCGGAGACUCCCUCCGCCUCUCCUGCAAAGCCUCCGGCUUCACCUUCAGCGAUUACUACAUGAGCUGGGUCUGCCAGGCCCCCGGGAAGGGGCUGGAGUGGGUCGCCUACAUUAGCAGCGGCAGUGGGAGUAGCACAUACUACGCUGAUGCAGUUAAAGGGCGAUUCACCAUCUCCAGGGACAAUCCCAGCAACCUGCUGUACCUGCAAAUGACCGGCCUGAAGCCCGAGGACACCGCCCGCUAUUACUGUGCGAGACACACAGUGGGGAAAAUCCCGGCAGGGCUCGUACAAAAACCAGAGACGCAGAACCGCCCUUCUCCCGUGCGCCGCAUGGGGGCAGCACUUCCCCAAACAAUCCAGCCCUGGGCACAGGAAUUGGAUCUGCAACCAGAGUGAAAAACAAAUCAGUCCUCAGGUUUCAGAGCUCAAUAUCCAUCUGUAGAAUCAUAGAACCCUGGGACUGGAAGGGACCUGGAGAAGUCAUCUAGUCCCGUCCCCUGCACUCAUGGCAGGAUUCAGUGUUAUCUAGACACCAUACCUGA